AUGGCUCCCGAGCUGGCCGGCAAGAUGGCCGCCAAGGCUGCCGUGGCGGCGGCGAAGCCCGCGACGAAGGCGUACGUGACGUUCUUGGCGGGGGCAGGGGACUACUGGAUGGGCGUGGUUGGGCUUGCCAAGGGCCUGCGCAAGGUUGGCUCGGCCUACCCACUGGUGGUAGCCGUGCUGCCCGACGUGCCCGAGCUCCACCGCAAGAUCCUCGUCUCCCAGGGCUGCAUCGUCCGCGAGAUCGCCCCCGUGUACCCGCCCGAGAACCACACCCAGUUUGCCAUGGCCUACUACGUCAUCAACUACUCCAAGCUCCGCAUCUGGGAGUUUGUGGAGUACGAGAGGAUGGUGUACCUCGACGCCGACAUCCAGGUGUUCGAAAACAUCGACGAGCUGUUCGAUCUGCCCAAGGGGCACUUCUACGCCGUGAUGGACUGCUUCUGCGAGAAGACGUGGAGCCACACCCCGCAGUACCAGAUCGGCCACUGCCAGCAGUGUCCCGACAAGGUGACGUGGCCGGCCGCCGAGAUGGGCCCGCCGCCGGCGCUCUACUUCAACGCCGGCAUGUUCGUGCACGAGCCCAGCAUGGCCACCGCCAAGGCGCUCCUUGACACCCUCCGCGUGAUGCCGACGACCCCAUUCGCGGAGCAGGAUUUCCUGAACAUGUUCUUCAAGGAGCAGUACAAGCCGAUCCCGCUGGUCUACAACCUUGUGCUGGCGAUGCUCUGGAGGCACCCGGAGAACGUCCAGCUGGAGAAGGUCAAGGUGGUGCACUACUGCGCUGCGGGAUCGAAGCCAUGGAGGUUCACGGGCAAAGAGGAGAACAUGGACAGGGAGGACAUCAGGAUCCUCGUCAGGAACUGGUGGGACAUCUACAACGACGACGAGAGCCUCGAUUUCAAGGGCCUGCCCGCCCUGGCCGCCGACGCCGACGAGCUCGAGGCGGCGGCCAAGAAGCCGCUCCGCGCAGCGCUUGCGGAAGCCGGCACCGUCAAGUACGUCGCCGCGCCCUCGGCUGCGUAA